UACUACGACACACCAGAUUGAUGACGGCAGCACAGAGCACACUCGUCAACUUCAAACGUUACUGACCGUCCAUCUUUCUGUCUAGCCACAUGUCAGGAUUGCUCAAUGUAGGAAAACAAGCAUAUCUUACUGUGAAAAGGCGCUCGAUGCCGGCACAGAUAACCCAACCGGCGCUGACACAAACGAUGCGAGUCCACACCAUGGCAGUGACGGCAGUCGCGUUCUUCAAAGACAGUCGACGGAUCGCCACAUCUUCAGCGGAUAAAACCCUGCGGAUGUGGGACGUGGAGAAAAGAGCAUUUGUAGGAGGACCAUUCGAGGGACACAGUGACUUCGUGUUGUCAGUGGCUGUAUCGCCAGACGAGAGAAGAAUUGCGAGCGGUGGAGGAGAUGGAGCCAUCAUCAUCUGGGAUGUCCAGAGUAAGAAAAUGUUAUUCAACACGCCGCGGGUGAAGCAUACGAGCCGGGUAUCCUCGGUGUGCUUCUCCCCCGAUGGAAAAAGAAUUGCAAGCGGGUCAUGGGAUAGCACAGUAAUUAUAUGGGAUGCGGAGACUGGCGCUGUCCUCUCAACCCCAGUGAAAAUCGACAAGAAUGAGCUCGACUCGAAGCCUGAUGCCAUCAAGAAGCAACAGCCGAGUACCAAGCCGAUGCGCGUGAGCCCCAAGAUCACGGCGCGGAAUCUUUGCGCCCUCGAGUGGCAAUCGAACGGCAAUCAAAAGGAACCAGCGAGUGUCUUCGUGACUUACUGGAAUGGGUUGUCUACUGCCAACAAAGAGUUAUACAAGCGCAAAGUAUCUGUUCAGGUGGCUUCCUCGGGACUGGUUCAAGUGGACGACAACCACGAUGACUAG